AUGUCGCCCGCCGUGGACUCGGUGCCUGAAGACGAGGUGCAUUUGUUCCACUUGACACGCCAACUAUCAAUGAACCAGUCAGCCGAACGAAUGGAUUUGGCACGCCGGCGUCUAAAUCGCGCGACGCAUCUGGCAAGGAUGGCCAAAGAAACAGUCGACGAUAUUGUGGAACAGGUUUAUCGCAGUGCUACGCCGUCAAACCCCCGCACUGACAUUUGCGAAACACUGGAUUGUCACAAUACAAUUACGGAACAGUUCAGGAUCAAAUGCUUCAGCCAUUAUCAACUCGCGGGAAUCGGUCUGCUGGUGGUGUCUGUCACGUUGACAGAUGUCCUGUACAAGUAUACCGAUCCGUUCGAUACGGGACUGGGUCCGAUCGCGGUCGCAGUGGGAAUUCUCGGCUGCUUCAUUCUUGCCGCUGCGGUGUUUGGAGCGGCGGCGAUGUUCACGGAUAGCAUACUGCUGCUACACAUAAUUAAACGAACCGCAACAAACGUUCUGUUGAAGUAUUUCUCCAUGAUGUCACAAAAUGCAUAUUAUAAAUAUCUGGUGGAACGUUUAGAAAGUGAUAUGAAAUGUUGCGGGAUACGCGGUUAUUUGGAUUACGAACGACAACCGAUUCCGGAAUCCUGUUACAACGAUCACCAUGUUCAUUUAGACGGCUGUCUGGUCAAACUGAAUGAGAUCCUGGAGAGAUACAUGAGAAUUCUGUGUGGAAUCACUUUUGCCGCUCUCAUCCCCGAAGCGAUGGCCAUUUUCACCGCCUUUUGCUAUCGAAGAUGCUCGUCGAAGAACGAGGAGGAAGAUGAAGAUGAAGAGGAGCACAACUGA